UUAAACCAAUGCCCAUUAAGGUUUCAUAUGUCAUACUACUAUUCUGUGGUACAUAUAAGCUCCCCAAAAUUAGGGUUUUUUGCUCACUCUUCUUCGCCUGCAUCCGCCAUCCUGCCCAAAAAGAUUCAAUGUUGCUUUAUAAUUGUUCCAAAUCUUACUUGGGAAGCUAUCAUUUUAUUGGACCAAUUUUCCUCCAAUGUUGCCAUUCUUUAUAUGACCAAAAGGAAGAAGAAAAAAGGGCAAAUUCGAAGGAUGAACAACCACCGUAUGACUCCGGAGGCAGCGGCGCAAUUCGGUGAUGGAAUUCAGAUGGUUCUUUCUCGGUGGGCUGCACUGCGGAUGGCCAUCGAAAACGGGUGGGGUGGCCGCGACUCUCUCCAGAAAUCGCAGCAGCUCGGCCACAACCUCUUCAAUUUCCUCACUCAAUCGAAAGAUCAAGUGUAUAUUGAUGAUGUAGAAGAUAUACUUUAUGAAUUCAUGGACUCUCUCAAUACUGAGAUUCAGGACGGCAGUGUUGAGGAGGUUGCAGAAAAGUUUAUGGUAAUGCGUGAAGAAUGUUUAGAAGGUCAGUUUGAUUCGAUUAAAAAGCUGCGAGAAACAAAUGUUCCAAGUGUUUCGUAUACCAGACAGCCCAACAGUGAUGACGAGGAAGACAGUGAUGAAGAUGAUGCAAUUAUAGAGAACAAUAUGUCAGCAAUGGAAGUUGAUGCUCCACAACCACAAUGCCAAUUGGAUCACAAUCUGACUGAUAUUGUGGCUGAUGAAAGUAGCACGAAAGAUACUCCUCAAGUUGUGGAUGAAUGGACUGUUGUUUCAAAAAAGAGUAAAGGGAGAAAGAAUUGAUGGAUUGAUUACAUUAGCUCGAGCCACUUUAGGUACGAAUAUUUGAGUAUAUGUAAAGACAACAUUUUUGUUUGUAUUCUUCUUAAGUUUUGUUGAGUGUUUCAGUUUUUUUUUUGUUCAAAUCCUCUAAAGUUAUCUUAUGUUUCAAGAUAUUUUUUGUUCAAGUCGUUUUGUUCCUACUUUGCUCCAAGUAAGUAGAGAACGCACAUACUGAUGCUAA